AUGAGGGUUUCGGGGAUUGUUCUUAUGCUGGCCUUAAAUGUCUACGCCCAAGUGGGCUCCCGACAUCAAUAUAUUGAUUAUCGAAAACCUCAACCAAUCUCUAGAGACAUAAUCUGUUUGGAUGGAGGGCCAAUUUCGUUUCGACCUCGGCCAGGAGCGUCUAUACCAAACUGCUUACCUGCCCCUGGACCAGUGAAGAGGAGCAAUUUUUUAAACAUCAGCAUAUAUAAGUCCGUUCCAUACCACUGUCCCGGAAAAGGCUAUGUGUGUGGAUAUUCCAGAGUUCCAAUGGACAACUAUGGAAACGUACAAGUGAAAUGUUGUACAGCUGUUGGUGUUACCUACGAUGAAAGAGAAUGCGUCCGUUAUUUCCGGUUUGAGAGUCCUCAACAUCUUUCCCCAACAAAACCAGGAUACUUCUUAGUCAGCUCAACUCCAUUUUUUAUUCCGAAAAACAACAUUGGAUUUUAUAACAAAGAAUGUCCUUUCCACAAAGCACAGCACUACAUUUAA